GGGACGCUGUGGCUCAUGACCAGAAUCAGGAUGAAUGGAGAGAUCACCAAGAAGUUGAAGCUUUAUCCGGAGAAAGUGAAGAUAGUGAGUUCGAUUGCAGCCCUCUUUUGGAGUCCGAUAUGUAUUUUCUGGUUGUACCCGUUUAUGGAGAAAGUCAAGAUUAUGCAUAAACCCGUUCAGAAAAUGAAGGCAGGAUUGUGUUUGAUGAUACUUUGUGGCUGCUACGCGACUGUGCUGGAAAGAGCUGUCAGAAGCAGCAGAGGACGCAAAAAGAGGCUGAAAUUUUCCCUCUCAUCCGGCGAAUCAUCCUCGGGAUUCUCCCUCGCUUCAUCUAUCGUACCGUAUGAAGUCUAUAUUGAUUCAGUUCAGACGGCAAGCGUGCAAUUCAACAAGUUUUCGAAUUCUUUGGUGGUUUUUGAUGAAGAGUCAACGAAACAAUUCAUGAAGGUUGCGAGUGACCCACCAGACGGUUACAGCGUACUUUGGGAGUUUCCUCUGCUGUUUCUACAUGCUUUGGCUGAAAUCUUGUUCUUGGUUUCCAUGGAUCAGUUCUUGUACAGCGAGAGCCCCUCCAAUUUUAAGGCUGUUAUGAUCGGGAUGAAUCUCUGCUCCCUUGCAUUCGGCUCCAUUUUCGUUUUGGCUGUGACGUUGAUUGACAUUUUUUCAGAGCUGGUAUGUUUGUGUUAG